GAAUUUUAAUAUAAGACCAACGCAUUUAAAUUUAUAAGCUUCUCAAAAUUUCGGGUGCUUAAAGCCCUCCAAUUAUUAACCCAAAUUGAUUAAAGUAUCACGAUCCCCAUACUUGUGACCUCCAAAUUUCUCUCCAGCGAACUUCUCCAUCGAGUUGUGUAUAGAGAAAACAAAGUAUGGCAGAGCGAAUCCUCAGCUUGGGAAUUCUCAUAGAUGUUGUGGAUGAAGAAUGGAUGCGAGAUACUCUGCCCGCUGAUGAUCUCCCAUUACCACCAGUACUACUUCCAAAGACUGAUGACAACGAAGACUCAAAUCAAGAGGCUCCGCAAGUUGACGGAGAUACAUGGCAUGACCUUGCUUUGGAAAAUCACUGACAUUAAUGAUCAAGCUCAUCAUUCGAUUUUCAACCAUUAUCAUCAUUUGUAUUGUUGGACAUGUGCUUGAUUAGUGUACGGAAACUAGUUUCAACUGUUCUUUCUCUUGAUAUGUUGGUCAGUAGUCUGCUAGUCGCAGCAUGUGAUGUGUGGAUUUGGCACACUUCAUGGGGUUUGAACCUUGCCAGUACAUAUGGUAUUUAAGUGGAGUAAGGCUAGAGGGACGGAUCCAUUAUCAACCGAGUUAUGAAUCUUGGGUCACUGGCUAUUGUUGGUCAGUGGUCAUCUUAGAAGUGGUCCACUUAGAUGUCUUGGCAAUAUGUUCUCUCUAAUGGAACAGAUCUAGGGAAUAUUGGCGGACGUUAAGGUCAUUCCUCACAGUUUGUACCAAAUUGAGUGUCUUGUUUUAUUAGUUGUUUUACUUUA